AAUGUAACUCCUCCACGUUUCCGGUCGACACAGAGAGGAGACAUGACUUAACAUGACACAAACGUGACUAACCCUGCUUUGCGGUUAUUUUUCGGCGUUGAAUUCGUGUUUUACAUGUAAAUUUGUUGCAAAUGGUAGAAACAUCGGUACAGUUUAAUAGCAUUUAGCUUCACUCGGCCCACGGUGUUAUUUUGCGGUCAGCAGCGCCGUAACCUUGGCCUACAUGCUUGUAGUUUUUGGAGCUGAAGUGUAGCUGGUGGCACAAAAAUACAACAUGUCAGGUAUCUGUCGCAGUUUGGGCUUCUUGUCGGUCAAGACCCUGAAUGAGGCUACAAUUUUGUCACCUUGCGCGUGGAUUGUGUCAGCACGCAGCAAAUUUACCAAAUCAAGAAUUCCAGAAAAGCUUUUUGCUGAGCGAUCACAAGAACAUGAGAAGUAUGGAGGUGAUCCAGACCAACCUCAUAAACUGCACAUAGUGACCCGAGUCAAAAGUGUGAUCCGAAGGCCGUACUGGGAGAAGGAGAUGGUGAAACACAUGGGGCUUCAAAAGGGUCAUACUCCCGUAAUUCACAAAAAUACACCUGCAGUUAAUAACCAACUGAAGUAUAUCAAACACCUCCUGAGGAUCCGGCCGCUGAAGACUCCCUAUGGGCUCCCUGCUGAAGAGGACAUGGCCGACACAUACAUUAACAGCAAAGGAGAGCUUAUCAUACGUCGCCUCCUCCAACCUGUAGACCAAAAGGCAAUAGAAUCUUAACUUUGCUCCCCUAAGAGUUCAGUUGUUCUUUAAUGUCAUGGAACAGCUUCAUAACUUUAUGUUCUUAUUUUGAGAAAAGGCUGUGGCAUCAUCCAGAUUUGAGAAAGGUUGCAUGGAGUGUGUCGAGGUUUUUUUGGAUGUUAACCCUCAAAUGAAUAUGAGAAAUGUUGUCAUCAGCCUGUCUCACAAGUCCUUCAGCAAACUGGGGCUCAUUGUCAUGAAGCAGAAUUUGCCAGUUUGUCUAACUUCCAUGACAAUUUUGCAACAGGUGAUGCCUCUGAAUCUUUGUUUAACAUGAUUUAUUAAAGUCAAAAUAAAAACCUUUUGAAAUGAAAAGCA